AGCGUCAAACAGAUUCCCUCAAUUUCUACAGCGUCAUACUAUGGCGUCAUACUGUUCUGCUAUGACGCCAUUUUGUUGACGUCGGCUAAACCGUCGUCCUUUCAAACUGACCCAAUUGAACCAUGGACGGAAUGUAACACCCAAGUGAUAGUUCGUAAUUGCCACGCGAAUACUGUAAACGUCUUUGAUUGUCAAACCAUGAGAGUGGGUUGCGGUGUCUUUGCUGUUGCAGUAUGGAUUGUGGUGUUUUCUAUGUGCACUCGUGGUGAAGAUUGCCUGAAGUAUCCUGGAGACGUUGGAAGGAAAGAGAAAGGCAUCCCCGAUACACUCGGCAAAGUUGUCACCAAUAUUCUGAACUCGGCGGAACUAGUUCGGAGCGGUUCAGAGAAGACCCAAUCGCCGGAUAAACAUAGUUGUAUCUCUUCCUUCUGGAAUCAAGUCCGUAUUGCUUCCGUCGCGAUACCGGCGUGGGUUUCGGCAUUUUGGUAUGAUGCCUACAAUCAAGUCACAAAUCUACGCUGUGGGAAAGCUGUGCUGGAGUUUGCCAUGGGGUUUGGUCUCACCAGCCUAGUGCUUUGUUUGGUGUCAUGCUUGAUGGGUGGAUUUGAUGGGUGCAGUUUUUAUGACCUUCUCUCCGUAAAAUCUCGGAAAAAUGAAGAUGAACAGCUUACACAUUUGGGUCAAUCUCAGGAAGAUCAAAACACAACAAAUAGAGAUGAACCCGGCACAGUCCAAGAGGACACAAUCGGGUUGGAAGACUUUGAGUACGUCUUAGAGGGAGUACCGGUGGCACAGAUAGGAAACUCCGGGGAAGGGCCGGCUAGCGCUGUUACCCAACAAGCUCUUCCAUUUUCUGGCGAUUUGCACCGAACGGCAGCAGCUCCAGAUUUGAACCGAAUAGCCACUAGGUCAAUAAAUUCAGAGACGGAAGAUCUGAUUGAAGAUAGGGAGGAAAGGACCAUUAACGAUGCUCCUCGACUUGGGCUAAGACCAUUCCGUCCACCGCCUCCAACAGUUAAGGUCUAUAGUCUACACAAACCACAGGAGAUACCAAAUGAUAUCUUGAGUGCCUUGUUGUGCCUGAGGAAAAGCUGUAAUCACGACCAUUCCAAGAUACGGUUGAUCGGCUCUAAAGUAAUUGUCUAUGGGGCGAAAUCCCCACGCUACAGAGCUAAACGACGGCCUCACAGACACAGUAGAGAGGGCAGAUCGCCCUGGGUGCACAGGGAACCAUUUACCGUCGUCGGGGAGCAGGUCUUGUCUGACGAGUUUGAGUUGGAAGAGGACCUCACGUCGGUGUCCACUCAGACAGAGACAGCAACAACACCCCCUACAUCCGUUAUCAUCCGGACAGAGGCUUUCUUGCAAGAUGAAAACUACGAGUCGACGCCUUACUUUCGAGGCAGCAUGACGGGUACUUUACUCCUGGCCAAGGACAGUUUUGAUACUAAAUUCGUCGGUGGAAGCUGGAAUCAGUUGUGUCAAACCAGGUCAAGGGAUAUUCCUUCUCAGUACUCAAACGUGCGCGAAUCCAUUGUGAAAUCGCGCCCAGACAUUGCUGAUCUUGACGAUCAUUUUGCAGACCUUCACGAGAAACUGGAACUCCCCAGGCGAAUUCGACAAUUAAAGAAGAGGGUAUUCCCGAUCCAGACACAAUCGAACCCGGUAAAUUUUUCUUCAUCAAAUCGGAGGGCUGUCUGAAGAGCUCCGUUGCAGAUUCCAGUUUAGAGCCAUCGUCAACACAGUGUUAUCAACAAGAGGAAGUCAGUCACAAUUUGAACAAAUCCGUGGACAAAAUGGAUUUCGAUUUCAAUCGUUCACAUGACACAGUGAACUGUACUCCAAGUCCGACGCUGAGACUAGCUCGGAGCCUCACGUACACGGGAUCAAAUACGUUGCGGCUGUCUUUGUCGCUGUGAGUAGAAAUCUUGAAGGACAGUUUAAAAGGAGUUUUACGAGAGGCUCUCCCUGAUCGUUGCCGACAUAGCCUGGAACAAAUACUCACGCUACACAUCACGAUCCCUCGGAGAUCUACGAGAGCAGAGAGAAGCGCCAUCUAGAAUUAACAAAACUGUAUAAAGGGAGAUAACUUCCGUACUUUCUGCCAACAUAUGUAUGAUGUAAUAGCGUCCUUCAGCGCUUGAAUAUAUGUUUUUAAAAAAACCAAUGUAUUAUUUUCGGUUGUUGUUUGCUUACCACGUGGAUCUGCGUAUAUCGUGACAAUCGUGUGUAUUGAUCAAAAUGUUUAAAUGUUGUAAAUAAAGUUAAUACACGUUUGUAACAGCUAUUAAAACCCCACGGGUAUUACAAAUUAUGUACAAGGGGAAUUUUUUGGUGUUCACUGACGAUACCUUGCACAACCCAUAAAUGUGAUCGCCGUCAACCCUUCUUAAGUAUGGCCUUAAACUCCCGCCAAAUACUCUAAUAGCACUGUAUAUUUGCACUUGAAACAAAUAAUUCCAUUGUUAUAUGUGAUUCCGUAAUUCCGUAGGUCAAACAAUGUCCAGGCAAUAAAUUAUGUGAUUGAUUGCUUUCCAAUAUCACAUGGAAAGAGAUACGACAUCAAUGAAAGAGCGGAUGGAAUUGGUUUUCAGGGAUGUGCGCCAAACAACAUGACUGCCAGAGAUAUCUCUGUUUCCCAGUUGGUUAACUGUAUACUGAGAGUGACUCAAGAACAUUGUGACUGAUUGCUUUCAAGUUUGGACAAUGCGUGUGUAACAUCAUUU